AUGGCGGGGGAGGGGAGGCCGGAAGUGGGGGUUGGGGCGUCAUUGGGGGGGAGACGCCGCCCGCGGAAGCGAAGCGCGGCGACCGCGCGGUUGGAGGCGCGGGCCGACUUCGAGAGCCGCUCCCGCCGCCUCGCCGGGGGCGGGGAAAACGGCGAAGCCGCCCCUCUCACCGCCACCGACCUCCUCGCGACGAUCGCCCCGGUACUGCACGCGGCCGAUGAGGCGAAUUCCUCGCGGGGGAGGGAUCGUGGGGGGCGAGGGGGCCAUUCCCGCAAACCGCGCCCUGGGGAGGCCCUGCGAUCCCAAGAGGAUCCCUCGGGGCCCUCUUGGGACGGACGGGCUCGACGGUUUUCGACCUUUGAAGCGGCGCCGCCGGGGGGGGUGGCGGGAUCCGAGCCCGUCGUGUCCCUCGUUCGGACGCGCGAGGUACGCGCAACGGACUACGCCCAGACGCGGCGGAUGGAGCAGGAGCCUCUCGGCCACUUUUACGCCUCCGGAGAGAGCGCAUUGGAGGAUUGGGCGAAGGAAGAGGAGGGGGGAGUUCCCCAUCUCCGGGAGAGGGCAUCAGGCCGACCCACGCCACCGCGCUACUGGGAUAUUUCUUUUCCAUCUGAUGUUCUGAAGGGAUGA